GAUUUCCAUCCGAUCAGCUGAGAGAAACCAAAGGAACUAAAGCCAGCGGUUGCUGCACGUGUUUAUGAUACAGUAAACGUAUACGCACAUUUGUACUGUAAAUUUCACAGUUUGGAAUUUCAAACAUUACUUAUCAAAAUGCCGAAGGUUAAAGCUGAGAAGAAAUCUCGACAACACCAGGAGGUGAAGAGUCAAGGAAUUAUGUUCAAUACUGGUAUCGGUCAGCAUAUUUUAAAAAAUCCAUUGGUUGUCAACGGCAUCAUAGAGAAGGCAGCAUUACGACCAACAGAUGUGGUUCUGGAAGUUGGUCCUGGAACUGGUAACAUGACUGUCAAACUUCUGGAGAAAGCCAAGAAAGUGGUUGCCUGUGAGUUGGACACCAGGCUUGUUGCUGAACUUCAAAAAAGAGUCCAGUGCACUCCAAUGCAAAACAAGCUUCAGAUCCUCAUAGGAGACGUCCUCAAGACGGAGCUCCCCUUUUUUGAUGUCUGUGUGGCUAACUUGCCAUAUCAGAUAUCGUCACCUUUCGUGUUCAAGCUGUUACUUCACAGGCCGUUUUUUAGGUGUGCUGUGCUGAUGUUCCAGAGGGAAUUUGCCAUGCGGUUGGUGGCUAAACCAGGAGACAAGCUGUACUGCAGGCUGUCCAUCAACACACAGCUCCUAGCCCGUGUGGACCACCUCAUGAAGGUGGGAAAGAACAAUUUCAGACCACCUCCAAAAGUAGAGUCCAGCGUGGUGAGGAUAGAGCCCAAAAAUCCUCCACCACCUAUCAACUUCCAGGAAUGGGAUGGUCUUGUCAGAAUUGCAUUUGUCCGAAAGAACAAAACACUCAGUGCUGCCUUCAAGUCUGCUGCAGUUGAACAGUUAUUGGAGAAGAACUAUAGAAUCCAUUGCUCCGUGCACAGCAUAGAAAUACAACAUGAUUUCAACAUUGCUCAGAAAAUUGAAAGCAUCCUUCAAGAGUCGAAGUUUAGCGACAAGAGGGCACGCUCCAUGGAUAUAGAUGAUUUCAUGGUGCUUCUUCAUGCAUUCAACUCCGCUGGGAUACACUUCUCCUAAGACUUAAGAAACCGUGAACAGCUACUAGGCUGACAGGAAGUGAUGUCACAAUCUUCUCCUAUUUUAUUGAUGCUAUGUGAAGAAAUGAAUGAUAUUUCUUUUCAAUGGACAUGCAGUGGAACAACUAAUCACUCAGGCUGGAAAUGUUUUGUGCCUUUCCUGAAUCAGGAAGUAUUUACGAACUUCAUUCAGAGUUAAAACUAGUGACUGUGUUAAGCGGUUUUGAAGAAUACAUCUUGGGUUUUUGUAAGUUAUCUUUGUGUACUCACUCUGCAAUUGUGAGUAUACCAGUUUGGUAUAACUGAGGUUGUCACAAAGAUUAUUAAACUUCAUCCCCAUGAGUCUCAGCACUGCACACACAACAUACUAUCCCGCCACUGUGUACUGCUCAAUACCGAACUGUCAAACUGAGAAAUUAUAAACUGCUAACACUUCACAAUAAGGUUCAGUUGGUUAACCUAAUGUAUGUAUCAGGUGUCAUGAAAUAAUUGAUGGCAUUUCUACAGUAUUUUGUAUUUAGCUUAAUGUUAAUUUAUAAAUAUAGUAAUUGUUAAUUUAGUAAACCUGAAUUAGUGUAUAUAUAAAAAAUUAAUCUAAGUUAAUAAAUGCUGUAAAAGUAUUAUUCAUUAUUUGUCCAUACAAUUGCAUUAAUGUUAACAACUUGGAACUUAUGGUCAAGUGUUACCUAUACAUUUUUAUUAAUAUUGUACCAACAGUUAAGGUAAUAAGGUUACUAGCUUGUAAUCCUUGUGUAAAUAUAAUGGCUAAUUAUGUAAUAGGGGAUUGAACUAUUCUCAGAUUAAUUUAAGGCAUGUUUCUUAGGAAGGUUUCGCUGUACAAGGUCAAUAAAACCAUUGAAAAAGUUUUGUUAAAACUUCAGUAUUUAAAAAUCAAGAACAAGAUCUGCAUAUAAAUGUUUUGACUUUAAAAGAAACUUGAGAAAACGUUUGUUUUGUUGCUCACAUAACCUGUGUGAGACUUGUCAGUAGUGUGUUUCUUUCUAUUAUAAAUCACUUUGAACUGUUCAAAGACACUCAACAGCUUUAAGUUGUGCUGUCAGCAAAGCCGAGUUUCAGAUCCUCCUCCUGUUUUGAUACAGGAAGAAAGUGAAAGAUGGAAAUCUGAACUUGAGAAAAGUUGCUCUAAUGCAACAAUUAUAUAGUGAAGAUACUUUUUUUUUUGCAUGGUAAGCAACGCUUGAGUAAAGCUUUUGAUUACAAUGUUAUGCUUGCCCAUACUUUACCUAAUUCUGUGCAAUGUUGAAUAUAAAUACAAAUGAAUGAAUGACUUGAGGCCCUUUUGUGCACCAAACACACGAGGACCAUCCACCAGAUACUUACCAACUUCCUGAGCGUCCUCCGCAAGAAAAAAAAAAAGUAAAUAAAAACUUAGUCUGGUUUACUGGUCUGUUGGACUGUUUUAGAAGGAUUGUGGGCACAUUUGAGCUGAUCCGAACCAUUUAAACCAGUCUUUUUCUUUCACCAAUGUGUAUUCUCUUUCAUAAAAAGGCUAAAUAUUGGUGGUCAUUCACAUGAAAUACAAUUAAACGAGUGUACAAUUGUUUUGGUCGUUAGAAUAAAAGUGGAUUAUCCCUAUGGCGGUUUCGUGCGAGUUUCCAGCUGUUUGUUGUCGUUACAUUAUUUGACCACUAGAUGGCUCUGAAGUACCGCUACAGAUGUUUUGUAUAGCGUACUAUGUACAUGAAGCGACUAUCUUUCUUUAAAUACAUGACUAAAGAAAGCAAAAAUUGUGAAUGAGAUUCAUCUUUUAAAAAUAAAUAAAAUGGAAAUAGUUUUGUCACAGCAUAGGGCAUAAUUAGGAGGACUGAGACUGUUGCUUGAUAAAUUAAAGUCGGUAAAUUCUACGUUUUCC